CGGCGCCCUUGGUUUUUCCCAAGUCCCAAAUCUCCUCCCUAACCAGUGCCGUUCUUGUCACCUCUAGUCGUCGUUUCCUCAUCUUGUCCUCAACAUCGCGCCUUGUCGACGUCUCGCCUUGUCAACGUCGUCGCCACCACGUCCUUCAUCCCUUCAUCCCCUCCUUUAGUCGAUUUCCUUCCCUGCGACUGGCGUCGGUGACACCCCCUUCUCCUUUACUGCUAUUCUUCAGCCAAUGUCCUCCCUAUGUGUGGGCGAUGACAUGGGUAUGCUCUAUACUUGUGCUUCAUCGAUUCUGCUUCUCUCGCAGACGCACUUUCGUUAGCCUUAUCUCUCAUACUGUUCAUCUCAGAAACUCCAUUCACUUACUGAGUUGGCCCCAGAACUACGCAACAAAACGGCUCUUCUUCUUUCCAAAGGCACUGCUAGUCCUUGUAGUUGCUCGAAGCUGGGGAAAAUUACAGUGGUUUUAGCUAUGGGGUUCUCCACCACCCAAAUGCCACCAUUGGGACCAAUUGGCCCUUCAUAUUUCAAGUUCUCCCAGUCAUGUCUCUGCUUCGCCUCACUUGGUGUUCCCUCUCGUCCCUUCUCUAAUGCACUUCACAGGUAUUGGGUGGAAAUGCCUUCAGGGGUAAUAGUUAACCUGCAAGCAAAACAAGAGAAGCGGAUAUUGGCAUCCAGAAACUACACUGCAGCCUCCAAUCUGGAGUUUGCUACAGAACACUACCAAAGCACUAAAAGCUCAUGGAGACAAAAGAGUGAAACCUUGCGGGAAUACAGAAGGUUACAGAAAAGUGAAAACUUGAGGGAAUAUCAAAUGGGAUAUUCUCCAGUUAAGAAUGAGCAUGCGGAAGACGGUAGUUCUCAUUCAGUUGAGCAUGGAGCCACAGUUGCUGAUAAAUUCAAUAGUCAGAAACAAGCAUUCUCAAGAAAUGGCAGAGGUUGUGUUGUUGAUAGUAAUGAUCAUGCUGCACCAGUAAAAUUCAGUACAGAACAGAAAACUACCAGUAGCCGCAGUAGGACUUUGGGUAAUGUGAAUGGUCAUGCAAUUGGUGAUAAAAGGCCAAGUAGUUUAUCUUUGAAAAUUUUUUCAAGAGAAAGUGCACAGAAAAAUGGAUCCAUGGUGGUAAAGGGCAGUGCACCUGUAGAUAAUAUAAAUGAUGAGGCAGUUGAUAAGAAAAAGCCUAAUGGCUUCUCUUUGGGCAAAAUCUCGAAAAUGCAUGCACAGACUGAUAGGUCAUUUUCAAUGAAGAUAUUGAAGCACCAGAGAAAUUUCAAUGAAAUUGAACAUGUUGGUGCUGGUCUAAUUGACGGUAAACAGACCAAUGCAAAGCUUCUUGUGGUUAGUGAUGCCGAAAAACCCUCCAAUGCUAAGCAGGCAUCUUGCCUUCCAGACAUUAAAAAGAGGCUUGCUAGUGUUUAUGGCAAAAUUAUGGUUGUUAAUAAUGUCUCUGUAGCAGAUGAGGUUGUAUAUAAGCUUAUGCAUCAGUAUAGGCAUUUUGUUCACGCAUGUGACACUGAGGUGGCCAAGAUUGAUGUGAAGGAAGAAACGCCCAUUGACCAUGGAGAGAUAACAUGCUUCAGUAUUUAUUCUGGACCCAAGGCAGAUUUUGGAAAUGGCAAAUCUUGUAUCUGGGUAGAUGUUUUGGAUGGUGGUGGCAAGGAGAUUUUGGCCAAAUUUGCUCCAUUUUUCAAGGACCCAAACAUUAGAAAGGUUUGGCACAACUAUAGUUUUGACAAUCAUGUCAUUGAGAAUUAUGAUUUUCCUGUUUAUGGGUUUCAUGCUGACACAAUGCACAUGGCACGGUUAUGGAAUUCAUCAAGACGGACAGAUGGUGGGUAUUCCCUUGAAGCUCUUACUGGUGAUAAAAGAGUUAUGAGUGGGGUUCAGUCUUGCUAUGAAGAGUUGAUUGGUAAAGUGUCCAUGAAAAUGAUAUUUGGCAAGAACAAGUUGAGAAAAGAUGGAUCUGAAGGAAAAAUUAUCACCAUUGCUCCUGUGGAAGAGCUACAAAGAGAAGAGCGAGAAUUAUGGAUUUGUUAUUCUGCUUUAGAUGCAAUAAGCACCUGGCAGCUUUAUGAGAGCUUGAAACACAAAUUAUGUCAGAUGCCAUGGAAAGUUGAUGGCAAACCAGUUGGAAAAUCUAUGUAUGACUUCUACCAGGAAUACUGGAAACCAUUUGGUGAGCUUCUAGUUAGAAUGGAAACUGAGGGGAUACUUGUUGAUAGAGCAUAUCUUGCUGAGCUGGAGAAGGUUGCAAAAGCAGAACAAGAGGUUGCUGCUAAUAGAUUUCGCAAUUGGGCGUGCAAGUACUGCCCUGAUGCUAAGUAUAUGAACGUAGGGAGUGAUACACAACUGCGCCAAUUAUUUUUUGGUGGGAUUGCAAACAGAAAGGAUGAUACAGAGAGUCUUCCACAUGAGAGAAUGUUCAAAGUUCCCAAUGUUGAUAAAGUGAUUGAAGAAGGCAAGAAGUCUCCCACAAAAUUUCGCAAUAUAAAGUUGCAUAAAAUUGGUGAUUUUCCUGCUGAGAAGUACACAGCAAGUGGUUGGCCCUCAGUCGGUGGAGAUGCUUUGAAGACACUUGCUGGGAAGGUCUCUGCAGAAUAUGAUUUUAUGGAUAACGCCAUUGUGGAUGAUUGCGAGUUAGAUACAAUUGAAAAUUCAAAAUCAAAAAUGUCAUCGGUCCCCAACAUAGAUAAAUCUGCUUAUGGAACAGCUAUGCUGGCGUUUCCAAGACAGGAGGAAGGAAUUGAGGCUUGUCAUGCUAUUGCUUCUUUAUGUGAAGUUUGCAGUAUUGACUCUUUGAUAUCCAACUUCAUCCUCCCCCUACAGGGGAGUAAUGUAGCAAGCAAGAGAGGACGUGUUCAUUGUUCCUUGAAUAUCAAUACUGAAACUGGUCGCUUGUCAGCUAGGAGGCCAAAUUUGCAGAAUCAGCCUGCUUUGGAGAAGGACAGGUAUAAGAUCCGUCAGGCAUUUAUUGCUGCACCUGGAAAUUCCCUUAUUGUUGCUGAUUAUGGGCAGCUGGAACUUAGGAUUCUUGCCCAUCUUGCUGACUGUAAGAGCAUGUUGGAAGCCUUCAAGGCUGGUGGAGAUUUUCAUUCAAGAACUGCAAUGAACAUGUACCAGCAUAUUCAUGAAGCAGUUGAUAAAGGGGAAGUGCUUCUUGAGUGGUAUCCUCAACCUGGUGAGGAUAAACCGCCAGCUCCUUUGUUGAAGGAUGCUUUUGGUUCUGAAAGAAGAAAAGCUAAAAUGCUUAACUUUUCCAUUGCUUAUGGAAAAACGCCAGUGGGCCUUGCCCGGGAUUGGAAGGUUUCUGUAGAGGAAGCUAAGGCCACUGUUGAUCUCUGGUAUAAAGAAAGACAAGAAGUACUUAAGUGGCAACAAGCUCGCAAGCAAGAAGCUAGACAAGAUGGUCGUGUUCACACGCUACUUGGACGGGCUCGCAUAUUCCCAUCAAUGGCUCAUGCAAGUAAUGCACAAAAAGGUCAUAUAGAGCGAGCUGCCAUAAAUACACCAGUGCAGGGUAGUGCCGCUGAUGUUGCCAUGUGUGCAAUGUUACAAAUAUCAAAAAAUGAUCGGCUGAAGGAGCUUGGAUGGAAACUGCUUUUACAGAUUCAUGAUGAAGUGAUCUUGGAAGGACCAACUGAAUCAGCUGAGAUUGCCAAGGACAUAGUAGUUGAGUGCAUGUCCAAACCCUUUGAUGGGAAGAACAUUCUUAAAGUUGAUCUAUCAGUUGACGCAAAGCGUGCUCAGAACUGGUACUCUGCCAAGUAAGGCAGCAUCGUGAUUUCUUUGCUGCAAUUGGAGCUCAACUUGCAUAAUGAGGUUUCUUAUAACCUUGAGAGGGGAGUUCUGGUGUAGUGCUGUCUGCAUUUCUAUUCAAACUUUUCAUUGAUUGCCAAUCUCAAGUUUGGUUAUGUAGCAGCAGAGUUUGGGCCCUACAAUUUCAGAUGAUUCGAAUGCAAGGAUACGUCUUCGGCUGUUUUUGCAACUUAUUUGUAACAAGAACAUUCCAAGGAAGCUAACAAUUGUAACUGUUUUUUAUGAAUGCAGCUUUCUAAAGAUUCUCCAUUUCUUUAUGUAAAUUCAUUUAACUUUUGGCUGCUAAUGUAUAUAUGAGAAAGGCAAGAUCAAAGCUUAUUUAUCA